AACGAAAAGUACUUGUAAUCUGACAUUCCAGAUAAAAUUUGUUCCCCUAAUAUGAAAUAUUUGUAUGAUUCUGGGUCCGUUCUAAUGUUACUAUACAAUGUCGAUACAAAUAGUAAAGAUAAGUAUACCAUUUUUAUCUCCAAAAAGACUUUUCUUCAUAAAAUUUUUAAGGAAAUAGAUGAUUUAGCAUCUUAUAUUAAAAACGAUGAUACUGUGCUUAUUAGUGUGAAGAAUCAAAAGCUAUUGAGAACUUGCUUUCAGCUAAUUGUUUCUCUUGGCAUUUCACCAUGUUUGGUGCCCGGAUUGGGUAUCAGUUUAUCUAAAAGAUCAACAUUAGCAGCCACAUUACCUGCUACUGAUUUAUCAGAUGAGCAAAAGUAUGAAUUACUAACCGAGUGUACAGAUUUCUUUGUAAGAAGUUAUUCUAUACCAGUUUUAAAGAAUAUAAUAAUCAGUUUUCAUUUAUCAGACUACUUAGCUGCAUUAAUUCAGCUUUCUUUUGCUCCAUUAAAAAAGCCAGGAGUUUAUACAAAUUUUACAAUGACACGAGAAAUGUAUGACAAAUUAAAUUUAGAUAGAAAGAAAUAUAUCAAAGUCUACGAUCAUUUAGUGAGCAAUUGCUUUCAACCUAUACUUAUGAAGGAACUUUUAGUGUUACAAAAUGUAACAGAUAAGACACCUCCUGCAUUUGUUAAAAGAAUUAUCACAAAAGAGUUGAGUUGUCGGCUUAUUGCACCUGGAGGUUUGCUAAGUCUAAUCAGAUGUUUUAUGGAUAGUUUAGAAAUUGACUCAGGAAUAGAAUGGAAAAAAAUUGACAUAAUUUGCAAAUUGAUUGCAACAAAACAUGGUGACAUUUGCAACGAUGAAUAUGUACAAAAUAUUUGUAACCAAUUAAAGCAAAUUCUUGUAUUAAAUAAUACAAAAUACUUGACAACUGCAAUAGCCUGUCUAAUAACUUUAAUAGAAAAGUAUCCGGAAUCAGGAGCAGUUACAGCUUUAACAAAAGAUGUUUUUGAUUCAUUUAAUUUUGAAAAUGUAUCUGAAUCAUAUUUACCAGGAACAAUAAUAUUUACAACACAACAAAUAGAACACAAAAUACAAACAUAUCAUUCUGCUUUAAGUUUAUCAAAUCAAGAAAUUAUAAUAAAACUUAUUACUCCAAAUAUACCUGUAUUAUUUCUAAUUGGUAUGAAAUGUACCAAUGAAGGAAUAAAAAAUAAAUUAAAUGAGAUUUUAACUAAAUGUAUGGAGAAAAUGGAUGAAAAUGAAAUACCUGCAUUUCUGAAAUUGCUUUUAUUUGGUGAUACAACUUUAUCAAAGGUUACAGUUGAAGAAUUUCAAGCAGGUUUAAUUUUAAAAGCAAUAAAUAAUAAUACUUAUCCUCUAGAUGAUGCACUUUUUUACUUUAUAGAAUUAUUCAAAAAGACAUCUGAUUAUAAUUUUAAUCAAGCUGUUUUAGAAACAUCUUUACAAAUGGUAAUUGAGUUUAGUGUGAGGAGAAAUGAAGUAAUGGAACCUCUUUUAGCACCAGAAGAUGAACCAAUUUUACUAAGUGAUUUAAACAGACAAUAUAUUAAUAUUCUUCAAUUGUUAUCUGUGAUAUCGGAAUCAUCAAAAAUAAAUGAAUGUUUGAAAAAAUCACCUCAAACUGUUUUCAAUUUUAUAGAAUAUUUUCUUCAGGAAAAUAAAAAUAAUAGUGAAUGUGAAACCAUUGCUUUGAUUCUGUUGAACACAAUUUUACCAAACAUUAAUGAUUUGAAAUUAACUAUUAGAUUAAAAAAAUUAAUUCCAAUAUUAGAAAAAAUAUCUAAUGAUGAGUUAAACACUAACAGUAUUUUAUAUAACGAAGCAAUAUUACUAAUAAAUGGUGGUAGGAUUAAUAAAAGUAAUUCAGCUUAUGAAAAAGCCGUGUCAAAUGCUUUUGACAAUUUAUUACCUACAAGAGGUCAUGGUAUUAUAGAACUCACAAAAUUAAUUGAUAAACAAGAUGUGGAAACAAUAUCCAAACGUCAUUUGGUUUUUUGUUUAUUUCAGGAACAUUUGAAAGAUGCAGAUUCAUAUAUAUACUUGGCUGCAAUAAAUGGUAUCGCCUCGUUAGCUAUGCAUUGCUCUGAAGAUGUACUAAAUGUGUUAUGCAAAGAAUUUCUUAAUAUUUCCACUACAUUUGGAGGUAUCGAAACCAGAAAAAUGCAAAAUAAAACACAAGAGAUGAGAUUAAAAAUAGGUGAUAUAAUUGUGAAGGUAACUAAAAGACUUGGAGAUAUGAGUAUAGUUCAUAAAACAAUUCUAUUGAAUACAAUGUUGACGGCGUGCAGAGAUCACGAUCCCUUGAUUAGGGCAUCUGCGUUAUCCAACUUAGCUGAGAUAGCUUUGGUUUUGCAUUAUAGGAUUGGCUCCAUCAUUUAUGAGGUUUUGCUUUGCAUUGUGAGCAUAAUAGAGACAGACAGAGCUAUGGAAUGCAGGAGGGCGGCUGUUGUGGUCAUAUCAAGUUUACUUAAAGGCCUGGGGAAGGAAACAUUGAUCGAAUUGAAAGAACACUUGCUCCCUCUAUACAGGACAUUAAAUAAACUAUAUAAAGACCCGAAUGAAGAUCAUGCAGUGAAACUUCACGCACAAACUGCUCUUGAAGAACUCAAUGAUAUUGUUUAUCAGUUUUUACUUCCUAAUAUUGAUAUGGAGAAACCAUUUUCACUUUUAGAUGAGCCAAAAGAAAUUAUUUACAAAUAAAGUUACUGUAUAUGUUAAUUUUUUUUAUUUUUCACUCAU